AUGGCUCCGCCCCGCCCUCCAACCUUCGACAAGAUGCCACACCAGUCGACUUCAACGAUGUCAAAUCUCCAGACGGUUGACGGCAAAAUGCCUCAGAUUUCGACUCGCCAAUUCAGCCCAAAUGACAACGACCAUCCGUCUACCAACAUCACCGCCCUUGCGAACGAGCUUCUUGUGACAAUCGCCAGGUACCUGGCCGUCGACACGGUAGAGGCACAUCUUGACGAUGAGUCAUUCCAAGGAUACAUCCAGUGUCAGAAGGACCUGCGAAAUCUGUGCCUUGUCUCGAAACAGAUGCAGGCAGUCGCUCGGCAGUAUCUCUACCGUGCAGUCAUUGUGAGAAACUCAGAUGUCUUGGUCUACCUCGCUCGGACUCUUGACGAGUCCCCGGAUCUUGGGCCUUUGGUCAAACAACUGGUAUUUGAGGUUCCGUUUGACCUCAAGGAUGUAAGGUAUCGUAAGCCAUACGUCGGAGUUCUCGGGUCACGCCAAAAUUACGCCAGAAUCUGCCGAAGCGCAGUGGAGGCCUUGGAUGUCGCCAAAUAUGAAGAAUUCAGGCUCCAUUCUCUGGAGUUCAUUGGUAGGGAGACUGAUGUCACCUUCAGAGAAUGGGGAUGGGGACAAGAGUGCGAAAUUCUCCGCGAGCUACACGUUGACAUCCUCCAACGGUUACCUAACGUCGAGCUUUUGUACUUCGGCAGGCUGAUUCCGACUUUCGAAACACGUUUCACACUGGACUACUGUUCCUUCGUACUUAAAAAGAUCGCCAGACCAUUCGAUGGACAAGGUCUAGUUUCCCAACCAGUUUCCGGGCCCCAGUCAAAGCUCAAGCAACUACACCUGCUUGGAGCCAACCCAGAUGGGGAGGUACCAUCUUUAUGCCUCUAUCUGUGGGAGUUCGUGCAAAUCCCCAGCCUGCAAGUACUCAAAUGCAAUGGUGACGAUGGAGAUGUGUAUCCAAUUUCGAUUGACCCACCCUUUGGAGUCUCCCAACUGGCACAGGUUUCUGUCAAGCGUGGAACUCCGGCCAAACAUUGGGGAGAGAGGGACAUCCAGGGCUUCGGCACCAAGGAGUUCCUCUCAACCGAACUGGACAAGUUGGAGCACCUGAGGGAAUUGAGCCUCGACCUCCACUACAGGCAAAACAUCAAACCGCUCUUAGGUGAACACGGGGUGCUCAGCCUCGGCAGCCUCGACAAGCUCACUCAUGUUCGGCUCCCUUUGCAUUGCCUAGUCGAAGUGCAGACUGGGAGCGAGCUCAGACUUGCGGAUUUGUCAGUGGUGCUUCCGCCCUCUGUGAAGCACCUUGCUGUAUGGGCAGAUCUUGAUUCUGUGGGGAGUUGGGACAAGGGGCCGUCAACUGGCAUGUUUUCUAGCGGUCCGCCUCCCACGCCGGGCGUCUCUUAUCAUCCAAGUGAGUCAGCUCUCGAGUUCAUGGAGUCGGUUUGUAGCCUCCUCACAUCCCACUUCAAACACCUCGAGGACGCUACAUACUGCUUCGCUGGCAAGGCUCUGGACAUGCCUUGCGAAUGCGACGGGGACACGCUGUGCAGCCGUUGUGAGGCCUUGCAACUUCUGGACGUCCGGGCAAUUGAGGACUCGGCAACUCGAAUGGGGAUCCUUGCAUCAGAAUCCGAAGCCCGUGGAGUGCGUCUGCGUACCUUGCAGGAACCUAUUGAGGAGUAG